AUGCCUAGAAACCGCAUAAAAAGACAACAAGUCGCGGCUGAAGAUGGGUGGACGGUUAUUACGCAUGGGUUAGCGAAUGUCUCUCUCGUUAAUGCCGAAAAGAGUAGUCACGGAGAUGACAAGGGAAAGAGGAACGCAAAAGACAACAGCACCGGCAAGAAAGGCACCGCUUUUGUACUACCGGAUGUUAUCUCAGAUAUCACAGCUGAGAAAUUGCUUGCAGAGUUUAAAAUGCUGCAGGAGCGGUGGCGGCAGUUGGGGGUUGCGGGACAAAUUGAUGGCAUAUUUGGUGGAAGAGCUGGAAGGAAGGAGGCGGAGGCGGGUGAAGAAGGGGAGAAGGAUAUGGAAAAUGGGAAGAAGGAUGAUUGGGAUAUAAGAGAAGCCAUGUGCAUCGGCAUUGGAAGUUUCAGCAGAGACUGGGUGCAUAGAUGGAGGAGUCUGUGGCAGCUUGUGUUGUUUGUUGAUGUUGUUGGGAAGGUGAUUCCAAAAGAUACCCAAAUACAACCCAUCACAUGCUACGCCACAGACCCAGCCUUUACCCAAAUAGACACGGAAUUCCUCUCUCUUCUCCACAUAUCCGCCCUUCCCUCCUCACCCACCUCCUCCCCAUCCCCCUCCAGCGUUAUCACCUCCCAAACAUUUCUCUACUCCCCCUUCGUAGACUGGUUCCUCCUCCUUCCCACCUUCCUCAAAGACAAAGACCCGGCGGUUUACAUAGGAAACGAGGUUUUGUCUGAUUACACGCUUUUUGCGCAGACAACGGAGAAGAGGGAGAUGUUGGAGAUGUGUAAUGAGUCCUAA